CGCUUCCAUUCAGCCAUUGAACUGGGAAGAGUAGGGUACAUACUGUUGUGAUUUUAGUGCGUGCUAUAUGUGAUUUUAUAGGUAAAAUGUUGAUAUUUAUCUUAUAUUAGGAAUCAUUCUACGGUGUAAGGUGAAACUCUUCGGUCGGCUGGUGUCGUCGGUAAAGAGCAGGAGUACAAUGUCUGGAGCGGCCGGUGGAGGAGGAGGAUCCUCCUGUCUGGGCGCAGCAGCGGCAGCCAGUUGCAGCUCCGCCGGCUCUCCCUACGCUCCUGCAGCCGGAGGAGGUGCAGGGGUGGCCGGGAGGUUGCCAGCUCGGGUUUUGGAGCAUAUUUUCUCCUAUCUGGAGCUCUCCGACUUGAUGUGUUGUGCGUUGGUCUGCUGGCACUGGAACAAUAUUCUGGCGGAUGAAAACAGCGAGGUGUGGCGCAGCCUCUGCAGCCGGACUCUGAGCGACGAAGCUCUGCGGUCUGACAUCCUGUGCAACCUGCCCACCUACAAGGGGAAACUCAUGGCCUUUCAACAUGGUCUGAGCUCCCACGACUGCUCCCGCAAUGUUUACGUGAAAAAGAAUGGCUUCACCCUCCACCGCAACCCUAUCGCCCAGAGCACCGAUGGUGCACGUGGCAAGAUUGGCUUUUUGGAAGGGAGGCACGCCUGGGAGAUCUGGUGGGAAGGCCCUCUCGGCACAGUGGCAGUGAUAGGCAUCGCCACGAAGCGGGCGUCCAUGCAGUGCCAAGGCUAUGUGGCCCUGCUGGGCAGUGAUGACCAGAGCUGGGGCUGGAACCUGGUCGACAACAACCUGCUUCAUAAUGGGGAGGUCAAUGGAAAUUUCCCACAAUGUAACAAUGCGCCAAAAUAUCAGAUCGGGGAGAGAAUACGAGUGAUUCUAGACAUGGAUGAUAAGACGUUAUCCUUCGAGAGGGGUUUUGAGUUUCUUGGGGUAGCGUUUCGUGGACUGCCCAAAACCUGCCUGUUCCCUGCUGUCUCUGCAGUAUACGGCAACACUGAAGUCACCAUGGUGUACCUGGGGAAACCUCUGGACGGCUAGAAGCAGAGUAACCACUAUUAGAACUCACAGGCCACUGCUGGACGUUUUCUGUCAACAGACGACAGACGACCCUGUUUGUUGCACCGUUUCCAAAGGUUUUGGAGGCCAAGUGUUUUCUCCCAAGCAAAAUGACUCUGUUCACAUACACAAAGAGAACUGUUGGCAUUUCUCUCCCAGCUCGACAUGAGGAGUCAGACGAACUACAGGGAAAAGGAGUGUGUGGGAACUGUCAUAAACACAUUUCUGUAUCAACGUGGAAGUGUCCACUUUUACAGUUUAGCUGCUGGACUGUUUUAUUUACAGGAUAGGGGAACAUUAUUUAAUUCCAUGCAAUUCAGGCUAACAAUGCUGAAUAUUUACUUGAGGUUUUAUGCGUGUUUGAAUGAGGCCAAAACUAUUCUAAACGGUGGCAAAUACUUUAAGACAUCAUUUUAACAUGUGAUAAACAGUAGUCCUCAAUAGCUAUCUGUUGUAUGAAUUAAUGGAAACGGCUCAUUGUGGAUUAACACAGUUUAACUAUUAACAAUGACUGGAUUACAAUGGUUAUAUGCCAAAUCAAUGUGACCUGAUGUUAUAUUUUGCUAUAGGCAAACAGAGGACAUGCGGACCAGCUGUCAUGCACGUGCAUGGAUACUGGCGUAUGGACUAUAACAUCUGCCAUUUAAAAAUACCUAUCCAGUAAUGGUGGAAAAUAUACUUGUAUCAUGUUAAUGUGUGUCCUUUUUAAUGUGCUACCGUAGUAUUACACACUAUUUAUUUCUUGGUUUUUAUCUAUGGUACUAUAGAUACUGUAUGGUUAUAAGGCCUGAAAAUAAAGUCUACAUGGUGCCACUCUUAGAAUUAA